AUGGCUAUUGAUAAUGACCCCACCGGACGAAGAACCAGGUGGGUGCUGGAUCUGGAUCCAUUUGACUGGACCAUGGUGCACAAAGAUGGCUCCCGCCAUAAAAACGCUAACGCACUGUACCGCCGGCCGGCGACUCCUGAUCCCGUGGAGAUGGACACUACAACAGCAGGACUGCACACUUUGGCUUCCGUGGGGGCAUCGGAUGGCUGUCUGUCCGCAGACGGAGAUCAGGCAGGCAUGGCUUCUCAAUGUUCUCUGUGUGGUGCUGAGGGAGAGUUUCAGUCAUUACAGCAGAACACCGACAUUUGCCUCGGCCCCACUUUGGAGGCGGGCUGUGAUUCAUUCCGACCUGUGGCUGGCUGCUAUAAAAAGAGGGCGAAGUUGCAAGUCACCCAACUUCCAGGCGGCGGGCACGUGAUGAAGGCCAUCAAGAACGCGCUGGUGUGUCUGGUGCUGCUGCCCCGCUUCCUGCUGGCGGCGGUCAUGUUCUGGCUCCUCGACUUCCUCUGCAUCAGGAAGAGGUUCUUCCUCCGGAUGAAGGCGCGGGAGGAGGAGAGCGACGCGGCGGAUCCUCCUCUGUGCGUAUCGGACUCCAACCGCUUCUUCACCCUGGAGUCCCUGAAGGCGGUGUGGCACGGCCACAAGCUGGACCUCCUUAAGGCGGCGCGCCUGGGCCGCGGCGCGCCCAACACGGAGGUGGUCCGCGUGGAGGACCAGCGGCGCGGGCGCAUCCUGGACUUCGCCCGGGAGAGGCGACCGCUCAUCCUCAACUUCGGCAGCUGCACCUGACCGCCCUUCAUGGCGCGCCUGAAGGCGUUCCAGGGGCUGGUGCGGGAGAACGCGGACAUCGCCGACUCGGUGCUGGUCUACAUUGAGGAGGCGCACCCGUCCGACGGAUGGGUGAGCACGGACGCGCCGUAUCAGAUCCCCAAGCACCGCUGCCUGGAGGACCGGCUCGGCGCGGCGCGGCUCAUGCGCCUGGAGGCGCCCGGUUGUCUGGUGGUGGUCGACGGCAUGGAGAACCCCUGCAACGCCGCCUACGGGGCUUACUUCGACAGACUUUACAUCCUGCAGGAGGGCGAGGUAGUUUACCAGGGCGGCAGGGGACCCGAGGGGUACCGGAUCUCGGAGCUCAGAGACUGGUUGGACCGGUACCGAGAGAGACAAGCCGGUAGUCUAGUUAUUCACGUAUAGGGCUGCUAUUAGAAGACAAAUACACAAAAUGCUGCAUAUUUUUCUUAUAACUCCACUUUAGAUCAAUCUUGAAUUUUUUUUGGGGUGGAGGGGGGGGGGGGGAUUAUACCUCGCAAAGAAAAAAAAAGGUUAGUUUGUGUUUAUUGUUUUUUUUUUCUUUUUAAUCAUGUCGUGAUGUUGGACAAGCGGAAAUCACUUGUCGCUCCUCAGUAUUGUUGUGAAGUUCGGUUCUGAAACGGUCCAAGUCCGGAGAACCGGUACUGAUGUGCUCGAGAUGCCGAGGAGCACCGAGUGCUGCUCGCUUGUUCUUAUCACUGCACUUCACUGUACAUAUAUAAUGUGUAAAUGUUUUUCUUAUUCAUACAAUAAAAUGUCAUCAUCUACCUCUACAA